GUGGCGGCAAGGGCAGCUCCGCAGGAUGAAGCUCCAACUCUUAACGUCUUCUAAAAUGCUUGACUGGGUUGAUAAGAGUCUCUCCCAUGCCUGAGCAGAAUGUACACAGGCCCCGUGGAGCCAAAAUGAACGCGCAGUGAGCCAGCUCAGCCUCUCGCCAGCCAGCCCCCGACGCCCACCAUGAACCACUUGGAGGGCUCCGCGGAGGUGGAGGUGGCCGACGAGGCGCCAGGAGGGGAGGUGAACGAGUCCGUGGAGGCCGACCUGGAGCACCCCGAGGUGGAGGAGGAGCAGCAGCCAUCGCCAUCGCCCCCGUCGCCCGCAGGUCACGCGCCCGAGGACCACCGCGCGCAUCCCACGCCGCCGCCACCGCCGCAGCCGCAGGAGGAGGAGGAGGAGCGCGGCGAGUGCCUGGCGCGCUCGGCCAGCACGGAGAGCGGCUUCCACAACCACACGGACACCGCCGAGGGCGACGUGCUCGCCGCGGCCCGCGACGGCUACGAGGCGGAGCGCGCGCAGGACGCCGACGAUGAGAGCGCCUACGCCGUACAGUACCGGCCCGAGGCCGAGGAGUACACGGAGCAGGCGGAGGCCGAGCACGCCGAGGCGGCGCAGCGGCGCGCGCUGCCCAACCAUCUGCACUUCCACUCGCUGGAGCACGAGGAAGCCAUGAACGCCGCCUACUCCGGCUACGUCUACACGCACCGGCUCUUCCACCGGGCUGAGGACGAGCCCUACGCCGAGCCCUACGCCGACUACGGCGGCCUCCAGGAGCACGUGUACGAGGAGAUCGGGGACGCGCCCGAGCUGGAGGCGCGCGACGGCCUGCGGCUCUACGAACGGGAGCGCGACGAGGCGGCCGCCUACCGCCAGGAGGCCCUGGGCGCGCGCCUGCACCACUACGACGAGCGCUCCGACGGCGAGUCCGACAGCCCCGAGAAGGAGGCGGAGUUCGCGCCCUACCCGCGCAUGGACAGUUAUGAGCAGGAAGAGGACAUCGACCAGAUCGUGGCCGAGGUCAAGCAGAGCAUGAGUUCGCAGAGCCUCGACAAGGCGGCCGAAGACAUGCCCGAGGCAGAGCAGGACCUGGAGCGCGCCCCGACCCCGGGAGAGGGACACCCCGACAGUACCGGGCUGCCAGCAUCUGCCAGGCAGCAGCAGCAGCGGGUCGUGGGAACCCCGGGAGGCAGCGAGGUUGGGCAGCGAUACAGCAAGGAAAAGAGGGAUGCCAUCUCGCUGGCCAUCAAGGACAUCAAGGAGGCCAUCGAAGAAGUGAAAACCAGGACCAUCCGUUCGCCUUACACCCCCGACGAGCCCAAAGAACCCAUCUGGGUCAUGCGCCAGGACAUUAGCCCCACGAGGGACUGUGACGACCAACGGCCCGUGGAUGGAGAUUCUCCGUCUCCUGGCAGUUCCUCACCCCUGGGUGCUGAGUCAUCAAGCAUACCCCUUCAUCCCGGCGACCCCGCAGAGGCCUCCACAAAUAAAGAGUCAAGAAAAAGCUUGGCUUCAUUCCCAACGUACGUCGAAGUUCCUGGACCUUGUGACCCUGAAGACUUGAUCGAUGGAAUUAUUUUUGCUGCCAAUUACCUUGGUUCCACUCAGCUACUCUCAGACAAAACUCCCUCCAAAAAUGUGCGCAUGAUGCAGGCCCAGGAAGCAGUCAGCCGGAUCAAGACGGCCCAGAAAUUAGCCAAAAGCAGGAAGAAGGCUCCUGAAGGUGAAUCUCAGCCAAUGACUGAGGUGGAUCUCUUCAUCUCUACCCAGAGGAUCAAAGUAUUGAAUGCAGAUACACAGGAGCCUAUGAUGGACCACCCUCUGAGGACCAUUUCCUACAUCGCAGACAUUGGGAACAUCGUUGUGCUGAUGGCCCGCAGGCGGAUGCCCCGCUCCAACUCCCAGGAGAAUGUGGAGGCCUCUCACCCAUCCCAGGAUGGAAAAAGACAGUACAAGAUGAUCUGCCAUGUCUUUGAGUCUGAGGACGCCCAGCUGAUCGCACAGUCCAUAGGACAGGCAUUCAGUGUUGCGUACCAGGAAUUCCUCAGGGCCAAUGGCAUUAACCCAGAAGACCUCAGCCAGAAGGAAUACAGUGACCUGCUCAACACCCAGGACAUGUACAACGAUGACCUGAUCCACUUCUCCAAGUCAGAAAACUGCAAAGAUGUCUUCAUAGAGAAACAGAAAGGAGAAAUCCUGGGAGUUGUGAUUGUGGAGUCUGGCUGGGGGUCCAUUCUACCAACCGUGAUCAUUGCCAGCAUGAUGCACGGAGGCCCUGCAGAGAAGUCAGGGAAGCUGAAUAUCGGGGACCAGAUCAUGUCCAUUAACGGCACCAGCCUGGUGGGCCUGCCUCUCUCCACCUGCCAGAGCAUCAUUAAGGGCUUAAAGAACCAGUCCCGAGUGAAGCUGAACAUUGUGAGGUGCCCCCCAGUGACCACCGUGCUAAUAAGGAGGCCGGACCUUCGCUACCAGCUGGGUUUCAGCGUGCAGAAUGGCAUUAUCUGCAGCCUCAUGAGAGGGGGGAUAGCUGAGAGAGGAGGUGUCCGCGUGGGACAUCGGAUCAUCGAAAUCAAUGGCCAGAGUGUUGUAGCCACACCACACGAGAAGAUCGUCCACAUUCUCUCCAAUGCCGUCGGGGAGAUCCACAUGAAGACGAUGCCAGCAGCCAUGUACAGACUGCUGACGGCCCAGGAACAGCCCGUUUACAUCUGAGCCACACCUCUGUGGUGUGGUGGCAUGCAUGGAGGACUCUCCUCACCGUGGUUGUGUUUCUUGUGCUGCAUCGUGUGUCCACUGAGACAUUCCCCUUUCGCGCCCAACAUUUGGUCUUACAGAGGAAGAGAAGAAUCGGCAAGGACCUCUUUGCUCUCUGUCUCUCUCCAGUCUGUUUUUUUUUCUGUUCCUUAAUACCAGGGAAGUUUUGUGUGUGCCCUCUUGAGGGUGGAGAGCAGCUAAUAUCUACCUGAGAACAUGGUGGAGGGCCUUUGGGGGACCUUAGGGUGGUUGCUACUGCCUAAGGAAGCAUCGUUCCUCCCCAAGAGACACACACUUCCCUGAAGGAGCUCCCAGAGACAGCAUAGGAGGUGACUGAGCAGUGCCUGAAACUCAAUCGCUGAUCUCUCUGCCCCCCUCACCUCACUUGAUGGGAAGAUAGUUGGUGACAUGUGAUGGCGCUGAACAUCCUCAAAGCCCACAUCUUCUAAGGAUGUUUGCUGCCUGCUAUGUAGUUGGGGGCCCUGUACAUUAUUUCUGCCCAGAAUUUCUGAGCCAGUUUUAAAUCUCUUCCAUGGUUUCUUUUACCUGCAACAUGUAUGCUAAUUCAGGCCUAACUGCUGAGAAACUAGGAAGUGACACCCUGGACAAGGCUGCUGUGACACCACAGAGAUCCUGGCAAGUCACAGCAGCCUCCGAGGUUCCCCAGACUGUCCAAGGUUACCAACUGGAGGAUAACCACAGGCAGGUACUAUCUUCCUAAUGCACAGGCACUUCCGUGUACACAAGAUACACACACACACAUAUACACAUGAGCCCUGCACAGUGUCUCAUUUGCCCUCUACCUGUAUCGAAGCAGGCUACCACACAGACCCUGUGGAGAAGCCCCAGCACCCCUCUGGAAGAUCCCUUCCCCUAGCCGAAGGUUGACAUAGGCAGAAAGCAGCCAGCCUUGUCCUAAGAAAGACACUGUCCUGGCCUUCUCUGUCUCAGUUGGCUCAGAGUUCCCUCCAAGACUCCCCCAGCCCAUGUACACACUGGAGGUUCUUGAGGGACAAACUGUGAUGUGGAUGUGAUGUGUCAUACUUCCCUGCCCGAAGGCUAAGCCAGCCUGGGCCCAUUCACCAAUACUAAUUAGGAUGUGAUGUUAUAAAGUCUAGAGCAGAUAAGCUACUAAAUCAGGCAGACUUAACACUUGGUGUUGGGCCCAGGAAUCCCCAACUGUGCUCCAGAAACAUUCUCUGCUGUCUUGUGGAUCUGGUAGUCUGCAGCUGGUACGGAAGGAAGGCUUGAUGUCUCCAUCAGAUGCCUCACAUUUUGGAUCACGUCUCAGUCCAAUCCGUGUGUUUUAAUAACAUUCUGAGCCAGUUUCCUCUUACUCUUGGUCCAAAGAGCAGUUUGUUUCCACAUGGGAUGUGGCUAGUUUUUGUUUUUAUUUUGUUUCGUUGAUGACCUCAGUAGAGACGGGGAAGAAAAACUAAUACAUUUUGUAGUAUGAAUAUAAUCCCUGUUCUCUGCAUCUGGGAUAUUUAUAUUGUAUCUUUGGAAAUGGGAGUUCAGUGAGCAGUGUUGGGGAGGAUGGAUUUAUGGAGGGAAGAGGGGGACCUGGGGAAGGGAGAGAUGUGAAUAAAACAAGAGAAGGAACAGGAAGCUUCAGCCAGGGUGGGAAACAGCCAACCUCUGACGUCUCUGACUUCAUGAGGUGUCUGGAGAGACUCGGGAAAGCCCGGUGCUUGCUGGGAUCUACUGUGAGCCCUCAGUUUUACUCUAGCACAAACAGUUCCAGGGAUAUGAGGCCACCGGCUGUCCAGAGAGCUGCCUGAGAAGGAUGGGCGAGCUAUGUGGAGUUGGGAGCACAGGAGCCAGGCCGUCUGGACUUGAUUUUAAGGUAUCUAACAGAAUGCUCCUCCAUGACCAGGCCCAAGGUCCAGCAAAUGUGGAGACCAGGAGCCAUGACUUGGAUUUUCUUCACACAUCCUGAAAUAACUGAUCCAUCAGGUAUCUAACAUAACCGCACACUGAAGGAUGCGGUCCACCUCUCCUCUGCCAGAGAUGAUGGGUAGGAUAAAGAGGGACAUUAUUGCUGCCAUCUCUGGCAUUGGGAACCUUGGUAAAGUCACUUGUCAGGCUUAUGUCCAUCAGACCCAGGGUGGCCACCACGGGCAGGUGCCCAAGCACCUGGACCAGAAGGCAGAAGUAGGACCUCAGAGGCUAACCUGGGACUGAUCAGGGCAGAACCCAGAGUCAUCACUCCUGGUAAUCACAAUGAAGUAUCUUCACCCCAGGGGAAGAGAAAAAAAGAAUGCUUUCCAUUCUCAUUGCACAAACCCUGGAAGCUUUAAGAGGGGCUGAAAAGCAAAGCUUUUCUUGUGAGCUCUCCUUGAGAACUAACAGUAUAGCAUGAUGGUAAGGAUUACUUAGUCUUUUGUGUUAAGGGAGGUUUCUCCCUCCCAGAGCCUGGACCAGGCCCCCUGCUGAACCAAGUUCUUCCUCUGCUAGCAUCAGACUGAAUGGUUAAACUUGGGAUCAGGUCUUGUCUGGCAUCUUCAUACAUGGUUACAUAUGUAACUAUCUCAUCGCUCCCAGUAAUGGGGCCUGACUACACACAGAGCCGCCUUCCUCAAACUACAAGGCACAAAGCUGCUCUGCCCACUCAGCUGGAACAUGCUGGUGACUUGGCUUGGGGACAGGCUCCCAGAUCCACACCCCUGCCCCCAAUCCAAUGAGGUUGCACUAGAACCCGCUCUGCCUCUGCCUUCUCCUUGGGAGCAUUUCAGGGAGCCACCAUCAGCCUUGAGUUCGUGAGAGGAGGGAAGCCUCACAGAUCCAUGGCAGGAGCCCACUUCCCCAGCGAUCCCUUCCUUCCCCACAGCAGGCUCCAGGGGGGGAGUAGAGCACAUGGCAGGCUGCCACCUCCCUGCACACGGGUUUACUUUCUGAAUUUCGCCCAUUAACAUUGGCCUUCAGGGAGUCCAGAGUAACCUACUACCUCCCCCGUAGCUCCCCCUCCCUCCUCCUGCAGCCCCGCCCACACCUAUGCUCCCCGUGGCACACUGAUGAAAACCCACCCACAGAGCCUUGCUCAGGUCUCUCCACCCACUGGUGUACACCAAUGUUUACAACCAAGGGCCACCUCUUCCUGAUGUUUUAACUCUCACCUUCACCAGGCUACCUGUUAGUUUGAGUUUCACCUCUGUCUGCUCCUUCCCUGGUUAGGGUCCACUUGAGUACACAACCCUGAUUUUAUCUUCCCUCCAUCUAGGGCAGUGUGUGAUGACUGUGUGGGAAUGAAAUCUCUUGUACAUACUUAGCACAGCACCUGGGGUAUGAACCCGCACCCCUGUUCUGUAACGGGGUACCUUAGCGCUUACUGUAAAACAUCGGGAGAAGUAUAGUAUUGUAUUUGUAACAAUAUCGUUCUUUGUAUACAUGAAACUCAAUGAUCUCUAUAUAUAAAUAUAAAUAUAUAUAAAUAAAAUAUAUCUACACGUGAGCCUGGAAUGUUGAUACUGCACACCCACUGAAUGUAUUUCCUCUGACAGUCUGGUCACCGGUCCUGGCCCACCCUCCCCUUCUUUGUGCCGUGGCGGCAGUUGUCUGGUUUGGGGUUGUGAUGUAUUUAAUGUGCUAUCUCCUUAUUUAACUGAACACUAAUGUCUGUAUAAGAAUUGCUGCAACAAUAAACAAGGACUUCACCCCCUUG